UACGCAGAAAACAUACUGGCCGAAGUUAAAAUUUACAAUCGUGCGAUUUUCGGAUGUUCAACGUUCCAAAAUCCCAAAAAUUCGGAUGUAAUUCCUAUGAAGAAGAAGCUAUGUUUGCUUGCUCUCUGUAACUUUAAAUAGUUCAAUUCUCCAAAAAAAGAAAAAAAGAAAAAAAAACAUUCAUAGGGAGAUGAGUCCUGACAAGGGCGGAGGAAGGAGCCUUCCAGUGGAUACUAGCCUUCCAAGAUGGGUUUGCCAGAAUUGCCGCCAUCCAUUAUCGGUUGUAGGGGUCGAUUCAUAUGCUGAUAAGUUCUUUGGUGAUCCUUCUCGCUCAGGAAUGCAAGCUUCCUCAAUGCAUGGUGCUGGGAGCAUAUUGGGAUCGUGUAGAAUGGACAAUUCAUUUGUCGUGAUGCCAAAGCAAAGAAGUCCUGGUUUUCCUCCUCGUCCUCGCAGUUCAUCUCAGCAGCCUGGUAAUCUUGCUGUUUCAGGAAGUAUGAAUCCCCCUGGUCAGUAUGUUAUGCCCGAGAGACUCUCUACUACUCAAGGUGCAACCUCUACAACUGAUAGCCAUAGCAAUAAGGCCAUGGAAGAAUCCUUUGUGGUGUUGCCACCAGCUGCUGCUUCUGUGUACAAAGUCGAAUCUUCACCUGAAGGUGGCAUACCACUUUCACCACCACCUGGAGGGGGCCCUGCUAGCCCUUCUAACAUGAGCAAUGCUGGGUUUAAUUCUAGUAUUACCGUGUUGAAACGUGCAUUUGACAUAGCCACUGCCCAGACACAGGUUGAAGAAGAAAAAAGAAGGUUGGAGGGAGCAAUUGAAGAAAUUGAAAGGCAAUGUGCAGAGGUGAAUGCUGAUCUUCAAGAGGUGGAGUUGAAAUCAAAGCGCUUCGAAGAACUAAAGAAGAGGUAUUGGCAUGAGUUCAAUGAUUUCCAGUUCCAGCUUACAAUGCAUCAGAUUGGCUUGGGAGACUCUCUGAUUAGUGGCUUGUUUGAUGUUAUGCUCCAUUGUGCUCUUGGGGACGGCUUGUUUGUUAGUGCAAUUACUUGUUAUGAAAGCCUUUUGGGCGUAUGGAGAUAG